CAUUUGGCUCAAGCGCACACACACACAUAGGCUAUGUGACAUAGCUCCUCUCUCUUCUGCAACUUUGAAAUUUUUAGGGUUUAGAUAUUUUCACGAAACAAAAUGACUCGCAAAGCUCAUGCUUUGUUCCUCUUCACUCUCCUCUUUGUGUUCUUCCUCUCUUCCACGCUGGCGGCUGCAGGUAGAGUAGGAGGAGGAAGAGGAGGGUACUUGGAUGCAUAUUGUGGGAAGAGGUGCAACGGGAGGUGUGCAAAGGCAGGGUUUCAAGACAGAUGCCUCAAGUACUGUGGGAUAUGUUGCAGAGAGUGCAAAUGUGUUCCUUCAGGGACUUAUGGCCACAAACACGAGUGCCCUUGUUACAGGGACAAGAUGAGCAGCAAGGGCAGACCUAAGUGCCCUUAAUCACUCUCACAUGAUCCGCUUAGCAAAUAAUAAUAUCAGUAGAAGAUGAGUUGUCUAGGGUUCUUGCUUCUCUUGUUUUGUUGCUUUUUUGCGUGCUUUUGUUUUUGUUUCAAGAGUUAUUAAUGUACCUGUAAACCGAAAUAAGCGUAAAAUGUUGUGUCAUGUCCUUUGUGGGAGCUGUUGGAACAUAAACUUGUGGUCAUUCUAGGGAUUUGUGUUCAAAGUUACACUAAAUUAAUUUUGUGAUAUUA